AGGACACCCCUCGGCAAUGGCUGACGACCCGGACCAGGUGUUCGAGAGCACGGAGUCUGGCGCCUCCGAGUCGUACCCGAUUGAGGCGGGCCAGAUCCGCAAGGGUGGCUUCAUCAUGAUCAAGGGCCGCCCGUGCAAGGUGUCCGACGUCACCAGCUCGAAGACCGGCAAGCACGGCCACGCCAAGUGCCACUUCGUGGCCAUCGACAUCUUCACUGGCAAGAAGAUUGAGGACCUCGUGCCUGCGUCGCACACGACCUACGCUCCCUUCGUCAAGAAGAUCGAGUACCAGGCGAUGGACGUCGACGAGGACGGCUUCAUCACCGUCUUGGACGCUGAGGGCAACACGCGCGAGGACCUCAAGAUUCCUGAGGCGAUGGCGCAGCCCCCGCCCGGCGCCGACGAGCUCUCCAAGAAGAUCAGGGAGCACCUUGCGGAGGAGAAGGACUUUUACGUCAUUGUGCAGGCGGCGUGCGGCACCGAGCAGAUCAUGGACAUCAAGGUUAUGACCAACUGAGCCGCCGACGCUGGAGCGCCCGACCGCGGCCGCCCUACCGUACACCUCUCUGUGUCCUUGCCCGAUGUGCACGUCUGUUGGGUCUCUCCCCGCUCCCCUCUCUCCCCUCUCCCCUCUCCGCCCCUCCCCCUCUCCCCUCUCCCCUCUCCGCCCCCUCCCCCCUCGUACAUCGUCAGCCUUGGCACUGUGAGCAUGCUUUGUGUGCGCGCGGGGGCGCCGCGCAAACACCUCCCCACGUGCGCGCGACAGCGGAGUCAGUGCGCAGGAGAGGUGGGGCGCGCCGGGGCGUGUCUGGUUUUAUUGCCCUGCAGCAGCGCUAACGUAGAGAGAGGCCACAGUCGGCUUGCAGGUCUCUCGUCGUCAGUUUCCUUUACUUUCUCACCGACGGUUUGACGAGUGCGACUCCC